AUGGUCAGGUUCGUCCGCGUUUCGGUCCAUGCUGUGUUGGGAGUUUCAGCCGCAUUGCAGCCUCUCCCUAGUCAGCAAGAUCAGCACACAAGGCAUGUCAGGCUCUCCGUAUCCACCACCGACAGAGUCGUGCCGUCUGGAGUCCUGGACAGUGAAACAAUGAUAUCAGGCUGCAAGGCGGAUGUCAUUACCCCCUGGACCUCCUGGACGUUGGCUGUUAGGAAAUACGACGCCAAAGUCAUAUUGUGCUGUUUCAAUUCGCGAGAUGGACAGAACAAUAUGGACCUGUGUUCUUGCUCAGACAAGGCCAUAGGGUUUUUGUGA